AUGAAACGGGAAUUAGCCAUUGUUUUUGUUAUAUUUUGUCUGUGCAUGAAAGAAGGUUGGUGGUUUUUUCUUAUAGGCCUGGCUAUUUGGUGUUAUCGCUGUACUUCGGCCACCCCAGGAUGUGGUGAAACUUUCAAUUGGCGUGGCAUUGGUUUUUUGGGCGAACAGUGUCCGGAAAGCAACGAUAUUUGUGUUAAGGUUACAGAGAGGAGGGGAGCCCAAGAAACAAUUAUACGUGAUUGUUUGAGUGCCCUGAGUUUCCGUACCGAUAUCCCCGCGGAUAAAUAUGAAGGCUGCUAUCCCGCUGCCAAGGAUGUACGCCUGGCCCAUUAUGUCAAUCACACAAUUAAGGAACAUGAUGUGAGACGUGAUUAUUUCACCGAUGUUAAGUAUUGUUUUUGUUUCUUGGAUCAUCGUUGCAAUAGUGCUGAGCAGAAUCGUGCAGCAAUUGGUUUUGGUUUAGUUAGUGCAGUGAUAGCUAUGGCAAUUCGAAUGUUUUGGUAUUAA